UUUAAAAUUUUUUUAAAACAUUUAUUAUUCGAAUCAAUUAAUUAAUUUAAUAAUAAUUUUCAUUGAAAAAAAACCAUCAUGGAUCAUUCAUCAUCACAAGCUGAAAAACGAGCCCGGUUAAGGCGUGCAAAAAUACUGACCAAUUCAGAGGAUCGAAUGAAUCGUAUUUUUGGUGUUCAAUCAAGUCAAUCAUCACAAACAUCAUCGACAACAGCGAAUCGUGAUAAUGAUAUCUCACGAGAUUUACCACCACCAUCAUCAUCAUCAUCUUCAUCAAAUACUUUUGAUGCUCACCGUUCUGAAUGUUCAUCAUCAUCAUCUCGUCAGCAUAUUAUUCUUCCUAAUCAUUCGGAACAAUCAUCAUCAACAGCAACAAUCGAUUCAAUAGUAAAUCAACCACAACAUGGUUGUUUACCACCAAGAGAUGAAUCAUUUCCACGUAAAGUAUCAUUAAUAUCAUCACCAAUACAUUAUAAAACAUUACAACAAUCACAACGUUUUCAACAGCAACAAAAUUCAAUAUUAUCCAAAAUAUUUAUUUGGCCAUCAUUAUAUUUAAUGAAUUUGAAAUUAUUAUUAUUUACGAUUUCUUGUAUUGGUUCAUAUUAUGGUUUGAAUUUUACUGCAUUAUUUUUUACAUUCGAAUCGAUUAAUUUUGUAUUCAAUUGGUUAAUGAAUUAUUAUAAUAAUGGCCAAUAUAAUGAUAAUGGUCAAUACAAAAUUAUUUUAACGAAAAAUUGA